GAGAGAGUACUCGAGUGACGUUUCCGAACGUAGCCUUACAGCACGUGAGUUCAAAGCAAAUGUAGUUACAGUCUGCGAUCAUCUACGACAGCUUUUUUUGUAUAUGGGUUUAAUUAUUUGAGAAUUUUAUUUUAACUCACGACUUUCCGAAUCAUGGCAGUAGGCAAGAAUAAAGGUCUUUCGAAAGGAGGCAAGAAGGGAGUGAAAAAGAAGAUCAUUGAUCCUUUCACUCGCAAAGACUGGUACGAUGUGAAGGCACCAUCAAUGUUUGCCAACCGUCAGGUGGGCAAAACGUUGGUUAACAGGACGCAGGGCACUAAAAUUGCAUCAGAAGGUCUGAAGUUCAGAGUGUUUGAAGUAUCCUUGGCAGAUCUUCAAAGCGAUCAAGAUGCAGAAAGAUCUUUCCGGAAAUUUAGAUUAAUCGCUGAGGACGUGCAAGGACGUAAUGUUCUAACUAACUUCCAUGGAAUGGACUUGACUACAGAUAAGCUCCGUUCUAUGGUUAAAAAAUGGCAGACUUUAAUUGAAGCCAGUGUAGAUGUAAAAACUACGGAUGGUUAUCUACUGAGAGUUUUUUGUAUUGGUUUCACUAAUAAGGAUCAACUCAGCACGAGGAAGACGUGCUAUGCCCAACAUGCACAGGUGAAGAAAAUUCGACAAAAGAUGGUCGAAACUAUCACAGAAGAUGUAACUAAGACCGACUUGAAGGGCGUUGUUAGCAAAUUGCUUCCUGAUGCCACCGCUAAAGACAUUGAAAAAGCAUCACAAGGAAUUUAUCCCUUGCACGACGUUUAUAUUCGUAAGGUAAAAGUAUUAAAAAAACCUCGCUUCGAGCUCAGCAAGUUGUUGGAGCUGCAUGGAGAUGGAGCGAGCAGUAAAACCGAAGAGGUCGGCGAAAGCGGAUCCAAAAUCGAUAGGCCAGAGGGCUACGAGCCACCGGUACAGGAGUCCGUUUGAAUCUGACUUUAAUAAAAAGUAUUAACGAUCAUAAUUCGUUUGUACUUUGUUUGUAACUUUUUGUAUUAUUCUUCGUUUCGUUUGUAUUUCAGUAUUUAAUAAAAUAUAGAAGUUAAGAAAAGAAAAUAACCAGUAUUUAAUAAAAUAUAGAAGUUAAAAAAAGAAAAUAACCAGCAAUAGCCGACUAAAAAAUAUUCUAAAUUAGUAAUUAUAAUAUUCUAAAUUAGCAAAUGACUAAUGUCACUCGAAAGAUUAUCGUUUGUAUCUGUUUGUAUUACUUUUAAAAUCGUUUGUAUCUCAAGGAUACCGGGAGUACAAAAUUUUAAAAAGAUGUCUAACAAGUAACACUACCCAAGUGAUACUCGCCGAUUCGGACCAAACUUUGCACAUCGAUAGAACACUAAAAAAUAUUGAACCCGUGUUUUUUUAUAUCGGCAGAAUACCGUUUUAAGGGUUAGAAACUACCCCUAUCAACCCCCAAGCAGGCUAACCUACCUAAGCCUGGGUAGAGCGAGUUUAAUCGUCUGCUUAUCUUUAAGAAAAUAAGUUUCCCACCCCAAAUAGGCUAAUUCACCUUGACCCUGAUCUACUUUAUCCCCACACACCUUUACAACCCUUAAAAAGCACCCCUACCGAUCCUUAUUUUACCGAUUAAUUAUUUUAGCCUGGGAACAGCGAUUUCAAGUACUUGUUUUUCCUGGAAUAAAUUAUGUUUGCCUUUGAGCACGGUUACCCUAUAUUUAGUUUCAUCCAGGGACAACGACGUGGACGUAAUAGGGUUUUGUCCCCUUUGGGGUGCUGGAUUAGAGUGAGUCCCCUUGUCUCUCACUGUUUGGGGUGCUGGAUUAGAGUGAGUCCCCUUGCCUCUCACUGUUUGGAGUGCUGGAUUAGAGUGAGUCCCCUUGCCUCUCACUGUUUGGGGUGCUGGAUUAGAGUGAGUGAUAGGGGUGGUUUCUACCCCUUAAAACGGUAUUCUGCCGAUAUAAAAAAACACGGGUUCAAUAUUUUUUAGUGUUCUAUCGAUGUGCAAAGUUUGAUCCGAAUCGGCGAGUAUCACUUGGGUAGUGUUACUUGUAAGACGCAACUAUGCCAUUUCUUGAGAUAUCUGAAAACGUUCAACGCCAUUCGAAGAAGCUCCAUUAGCACGCGUACUGUUUUUUAAAUCGUUCGUAUCUCGUUCGUAUCUCGUUCAUAUCUUCAGAAGUACAGCAUCUUCAAAGUACAUCAAAUUGUUGAUACAUGCUUUUGUUGUUUAUAAAAGUAUCGGAAAACGUCAUUCGAAAGAGCUUUGUUAGCACACGUUUGUACCGCUUUUUAAAUCGUUUGUAUCUCGGAGAAUUCGAAAGUACAGCAUUUCUAAAAUAUGUUAAAGAUUUAAUACCAUGUUAGUUAACUCUUGGGUUAAUACAUACUUUUGUUCCUUAUAGAAGUAUGGGAAAACGAUCAAAGUAUAAACAAACUAUAAUCGUUAAUUUUUUCUUGUUAAAGUCAAGUGCCAGGUUCACAUUGGUCGGUUUAAGAAUGUACAAGAAUUCGAUGAUCUUUCACCAUAAAAUAAAAUUGAUCUUUUAUGAUGUAAAUAAUGUCUUCACUUACAUGUGUUUCAAUGUUUUUAUUAUACAGAGUUAUACAGCGUAUACAAGGAGAAACACUGUUAUAUCUUUUGGAGAUUAAGUGAAAAAAUCACUGAUAAUUUAUCUAAACGAUCCUUGCGAUCAAUAUAAAAAAGAUAAUUUUCAAGCUGUGUUAGAAAUUGCAACGUGAUUAAGAUUAAGAUUAAAGAAAUUAUAUUAAUUGCUUUACAAUGUAUGUCGCACUGUCAGCAACCAUCGUUUUAGUGAAGUCAUUAGAAUUUAUCAGGGUGUAAAAAAGAAACAGGAAAAA